AUGGAACAGGGUGGCAUGAUACCACGCACCAUCACGCGACCUUCCACACGCAGACCCACCAUCCCUCAUGCCCACAGAGCUCGCCUCGUCGCUUCCGCCUCGGCCUCAGACUCGGUCUCGACUGCCACCGCAUCCCUGGCACCCGCCCCAACACCACCUCCUCAACCGUCCAGCGUAGCGCCAGAUCGACAGGCGCUGAUCGAAAAUCAGCUCGUCGAUCUCCUCUUCGGCAUCCUCUCGCCUUUUAGCCUGGCAAGUCGGUCCCACGAUCAAGACUGGACGCAGCGGCUGUGGGCAUCCACCCCCGACGCACCGCUGCACGUCAAUAGGCUAUUGCAGAUCGGCCAGGUAAACGCCAUCUGCGAGUCGGGCGUCGAGAUCAGCCUGGCCCUGCGCCAGCUCGAUGGAAUGGGAUGGUUUCGCAUGAGCGACGACGGCUACUCUUUUUACCUCCGGACGCGCGUCCGGGAAGAUCUACAGCCAACCUCGCAGCCGUUCUGGGAGAAGCUGGUCGAACAAGACAGGAUCGUCUACACCCAAGAUCUGCCAGCCCAUCUAUCGACACCGAGGAAAGUCUGCGCCUUUGUGCACGGACUCCUGGGCGACCAAUCCAGCAAUGACGAAGCACGGGUCUACGACGCCUACCCUCCGUCUGGCGAUAUGAAGCCUGCCUGGCUCAGCCGAGCCGACAAGCGGCCUCAGCAGCGAACGCGACAUGGCAGCAACGACUGCCACGGCGCGAGGAUCCGCUUCGCGCAGGCCUUUGUCGUCCUGUCCUCGUCUGAAGCUGCAAGCCAGCUGGCCACCUCCUAUCCUUGGCAGGCCAAAGACGUCGGAGACGCUCACAAGAGAAGGUUGCGAAUCCUCACCAUCAAACAGUGGAUCGCACUGCGAUCCGAGUACUUUGCAUGGCGUGCUCAGAUCCUUGAGCAUGGUCGGUCAUCCCCUCACAGGGCACGACCGGUCGACGUGGCCCCGACGCUGCGGCGGAGCGAAGAUGUCGCCGACGCCCGUGCGAUUCCGGCAAUACCCGACGAAGAUCCAACCAAGACCUAUCCUGUCGGCACCAUCAUCUUCCUGAGCAACAUCAACCUCUCCAACUCGACGCUCGCGGACGCUACUGCGACGAGCCGGGCCAUCAAGGCGAAGCUGGAGAGGCUGGUGCCUUCAUCGGUCGGCUACGUCGAUCUUCAUCCUCCCUCAAACGGCCCCGGUCCCGGCUCGAGGGAAGAUGAGAACAAGGCAGGAUGCCACGUCCGGACUCCUGAUCGAUUCACCGCGCACCAUCUCGUCUCCCUCCUCUACUCCACCGCACAAUCUGCCUCUUCCUUCCUCGACAGCAACUCAGAGGUGCGCAUCCUCGACGGAGAAGAGGAAGAGGCCUACUGGGACGGCAUCCCGCCAAAGACGCGGAAUGCCGCCAAAAAGAAAGCCCUCGCAGCCAUCCCGCUCUCGCGCGCAGCCGCAGCCGCGAUUCCGAGGCAGGUUGCGACAGCGACGGGAGGCGGUGGGAGCCAGAGCGCAGCCACCAAGCCAGAAGGCAGAAAGCGCAAGGCAGCCCAGGCGUCUGCUGCUGCGCCAAACGAGCCGCAGCAGCCGCCUGGAAAAAAGGUGGACAGGAAUCACAUAAAAUUUGAUUGA